CCGAAUCAUACUCGACCGAGGUCACACCACACAUCACUAACCAUCCGAGUAGAGUCUUCGUCACAAAGUUAUCAUAGUCCCUCGUUAUACUAUUUACCGUCGAUGUCAGAGAAGGAAUAGAGGCCUUUUAACGACCCCGAUUUUGUUAUCUCAUCUAGUGCCUUUGUGCGCUAUCUCGAUAUCCUCUUUACAUAAGGCUCGUCUUUGGCGAGCAUCCCCGAGCCGACAUCACCAACCGACAAGAUUCCUCCCACAACGAGGAAGCGGAAGGCUGCUGAGGCGAAGAUAGCUGCGGACACAGGCGAAAUACUUCCGAAUAAGAAGGUCAUCGCCUCAGCAGCUGAAGACAACGAAGCACCACCCACUCCAAUAACCGGUAUGGAUUCAGACGAGGAUUUCGUUUCCGUCUCUAGCGACGACGGGAUGCAGGAUGACAGCGAUGAUUUAUCCGGCGCUGAGGAUUUCGAUGUAUUCGAUGACGAGCCUGAUGAUGAACCCGGUAUCCCCUCACAAAAGUCGGACAAGAAGAAGGGGAUAUCAUACGACUUCAGCUAUAAAGUACACACACCACGGGAUUUGCACGGCCAACAAGAAGAAAUGAUUACUGAAGUGAACAUGAUCUUAGAAAUGAGAAAAGAGGAUGUUGCUAUUCUCCUACGUCAUUUCAGGUGGAAUAAGGAACGUUUGAUUGAAGAUUAUAUGGAUAACCCGACUAAAGUCCUGGAGGCGGCUGGUCUGGGUCCCAGCUCCAGUAGUCCCCCCAAACUAGAAGUCAAACCUGGUUUCGUCUGUGAUAUCUGUUGCGAGGAUGAGGAAGGGUUAAAGAGUUUCGCGAUGAAGUGCGGUCAUCGAUACUGUGUCGAUUGUUAUCGCCAAUACUUAACCCAGAAGAUUCGCGAAGAGGGCGAAGCUGCGCGCAUCCAAUGCCCCGCCGAAGGUUGUCACCGCAUCAUCGACGCCAAGUCACUCGAUUUGCUCGUAACGCCACAAUUAGCCGGUCGAUACCAAGAAUUACUCAACCGAACAUAUGUUGAGGAUAGAGAUGUCCUCAAAUGGUGCCCUGCUCCCGAUUGCGAAAAUGCUGUCGAGUGCGCUAUCAAGAGGAAGGAUCUAGACAAGGUUGUGCCAACGGUAGCUUGCGCAUGUGGUAAUAGGUUUUGCUUUGGUUGUGUCCACAGCGACCACCAACCGGCACCCUGCGAAUUGGUUAAGAGAUGGCUCAAGAAGUGCGCCGACGAUAGCGAAACAGCGAAUUGGAUCUCGGCCAACACAAAGGAAUGCCCCAAGUGUAACUCCACGAUCGAGAAGAAUGGAGGCUGCAACCACAUGACAUGCCGAAAAUGCAAGCACGAAUUCUGUUGGAUGUGUAUGGGCUUGUGGUCCGAGCACGGCACGAGUUGGUACAACUGCAAUAGGUUCGAGGAAAAGAGCGGGACAGAAGCACGAGACGCCCAAGCCAAGUCACGAGUAUCCCUGGAACGUUACCUACACUAUUACAACAGAUACGCCAACCACGAGCAGUCGGCACGUCUCGACAAAGACGUCUACAAUAAGACCGAGAAGAAGAUGGUACAAUUACAGACAGCAUCUGGCAUGUCCUGGAUUGAAGUACAAUAUCUAAACUCGGCGUCGCAGGCCUUACAAACUUGCCGACAGACGCUAAAAUGGACAUAUGCCUUUGCCUUCUACUUAGCCCGAAACAAUCUCACGGAGAUAUUUGAGGACAACCAGAAAGAUCUAGAGCUUGCCGUCGAGGCGUUAUCAGAGAUGUUCGAGAAGCCCAUCGCUGAAUUGUCCGACUCUAAGCUGAAGGUGGAUAUCAUGGACAAGACGGCGUACUGCAACCGAAGGCGAGUAAUUCUACUGGAAGACACUGCCAACAAUCUUGCGAAUGGUAAGUUCACUUUUUCGCAGCAACUUUCUAUAUGAACGCAUGAGAUAGCUAACCGGUUAUUUCUUUCUAGGACGCUGGACUUUUAACGUAGAUCUUAAGGGCGUCAUGCCUGGAGCUGGUGGAGUCGUAUCCCGUUCCUAAUGGAAUUGUAUUGUAAUGGCAUAGAUAGAACAGGGUGAUCAUGGUUGGCGUCUUCGGAAUCGGAAUGCGGGAUUCUUUGCGUUAACGUCCAAUUCGCCUCGCUUACUCUCAUACGCUUUUACUUAGUCUCGCUACCAUCACCGCUACAUCUCUUUUACAAUUAAAAUGAGCAAUAACUUCAGAGAGCGAUCCUAUUUAUAUAUCUAACGACUAGCGUAUGUACGCGUAUGGUAUUAAGUCAACAUGUUGGUGCUGCGUCAUUACUGUAAUGUUUCUUACGCAUUGACUCCUCAAGACAUGUUACCGUCUAAAAAUGAAUUGCCUUUCAACGCGGAGUGAAAUAAGUUAUUUGAGGUUUAUAUUAUCCUACUCUUACAUCUAGACCUUGGUUACCUAUUUAUAGUCGGUAUUUUGUUUCCAAAAAUGUAUUUUAGCAGUACGGCAAAAUAUUUCAGUACUUCACACC